UAGUUAGACAGUCAACUGUACAGCCUCAGUAGAUGGCUUGCAAGUUAGCUGCUUAGACAAGCUGGGGCGUUUCAGUACUGUACAUGAUGUAACGUUAUAGCUAGCUGAGGGACAACUAUGAUCUGAAUUCGGUUAGACUGACGUGAAUUAUUAUAGCUAACGAGAAAGUCCUAAGUGAAAACAACGGUGUGUUAAACUAAGUCGGAGGCCUUAAGUCAAACGGUUAACUUUAACUUUUAGCUAAAGGUAAAGUACUGUUGAUUUAAGUAUAUGUUGCCUGUGAAGUUGGGCUUAUUGGUCAACUCAACCAGCUGGCUGGCUGGUGAAAUUUUUUAACCAACGAGCGUCAUUUACUUGCUUUGCCUGCGACAUUAUCGUUUCCGCUGUUGUGGGAUAGCGAGCUACCUAGCAAAAGCUGUUAACUUACUAGAACAACUAGAUAACUGGAGUUAGCCAGCUGACGUUGAAUAAAACUCCUAAAGUUAGAGUAACGUUAGUGAGGGAAUUGUCUGCGGUAGAUCCGAGAAUCCAGUAUGAACGGGUUCAGUACGGAAGAGGACAGCCACGACGGGCCUCCGGCACCACCGUUUUACGGACAGAGUUGCUGUUUGAUUGAAGACGGAGAGCGCUGCGGCCGAUCAGCUGGAAACGCCUCCUUUAGCAAGCGGAUUCAGAAAAGCAUAUCGCAGAAGAAACUUAAAUUGGACAUUGACAAGAGUGUGAGACACUUGUAUAUCUGCGACUUUCACAAGAACUUCAUUCAAAGCGUCCGCAACAAACGCAAGAGGAAGACAAGUGACGAUGGAGGGGAAUCACCGGAUCAUGACAUUGAAAUACCAGAGGUCGACCUAUUUCAACUUCAAGUAAACACGCUGCGACGCUACAAGAGACAUUACAAGCUGCAGACAAGACCAGGCCUGAACAAGGCCCAGCUGGCAGAGACAGUGAGUCGUCACUUCAGGAAUAUCCCGGUGAAUGAAAAGGAAACUCUGACCUACUUUAUUUAUAUGGUGAAGAGCAACAAAAGCCGACUUGACCAGAAAUCGGAUGGCAGUAAACAGCUUGAAUAAGGUUGCACAUUUUACAGCGAUUCUUACUGGUGGGACUGUUAAGACAUUUUGCUCUGCCAGAUGUAGACUGCUGAUAUUCGGCAGGGUAAAACUGUUGUGAAUGUGCCACUGUAUGGCAAAAAUGCAAGUUCAGGUAAGCCUCAGAUUAAGGAGAUCCAGAAGAUGCAUUGGGCUUAUCUGUAGGUAAUACAUUGAAGGAACAUUGAAUUCUCUUCUACACUUUUUUUUCCAUUUUAGCAGUCAUUGAACUUCAGAUAUGAUAUAACAAACUAAAGUAACACUUGUGGAACAUUGUUGCUGAAAAGUUAGACAAUGUGUGUUGCAGUGAAGAUAAAUAUGGGCCUACAUAUGACUGGAAAAUAAUAAUGUUAUUAAUGUGGGAAUACUGCCUUAGUGUUUUUUUUUUCUUUGCCCAACGCACACACACACACACAUAUCGACUUUUGAGAUGGUUCCAAACCAUAAUGUGACAAAUUUGAAUUAAAAUGUGCAUAUGGCAAUUUUUAAUAAAGAUAAAAAUGGCGCUGUCAUCAAAAAAGCUUCUGCCCUUCAGCUUUCGAAAUUACUUUAAUAUUGACUCAUGCACUCAGAGGAAGCCUUAUUUGAAUCGGACUCUUGCACUAAGAGGGAGGGUUAUUUGAAUCGGACUCCUGCACUAAGAACACUGUUUUUGCCUUGUUAAGCAAUCUGUUCAAAGACUAAGGACGUUGAAAGGUGGAGCCUGCCGUUUGUCUGACCCAACAGGCUUCCACCAGUAUUUUUCCCCAGUUUUUUUCCAGCUUUUUUCCAGCUUAUACUUUCUUUUUUCUUUUUCCUUUCAUUCUUUGAAUGAUGUAACCCACAGUAUAUUUUAGGCUGCAUUCCUUCAUACUGAUAUGGACUUGCUCUUAUUGAACCAUGUUGGCUAUUUUAUGUCCUCUGCUUGACCACUUUUGUCUUUGCCAUUUCAUAUGUGUCUCGUGUGAAAUCAUAAUGUUUCUUUUACUGUGUUUUCAGUGUCACUGCGUUUCAAAAAUGUAUCAGAUUAAGGUGCUUUCAUACAAGAAUUUUGCUCUUCUGUACCUCUCACAUAAUGUAAAAGUGCUCCAAAACCUCAUCCCCCUCUCAGCUGUGUCUGUUGGGGUGCAACAUUGUACUUAUGUACUUAUUGUCUUAUGU